AAUAAACAAGAUAUAUAUUCAACCUAGAUAUUGAUUUUGUUUUUCCCCUUGGUUUUAUGGGGACUGGUUUCUCUUCCUUAGCUAUGUUAGAGAUCAAUGGAAGCUGUAGUACUACUUCUCUUUCGCCGGUUUCGAAACCGUGGGAGCUCGGCGACUUGCCUGAGAGUUGUGUCUCGUCCAUUCUCAAGCACUUGGAUCCUCCUGAGAUCUUCAAAUUGGCGAUGUUGAGCCGGGCUUUUCAUAGCGCCUCUUUGGCUGAUUUCAUAUGGGAUUCAAAACUACCACCAAAUUACAAGUUUCUUGUUGAUAAAGUUCUUCGUAUUAAUGGUUCAUCUCUAGAUUACUAUAUGCCAAAGAAAGUGAUUUACGCCAAAUUGUGUCAACCCAAUCGCUUUGAUGGUGGCACCAAGGAAGUGUGGCUGGAUAAGAGUAGCGGGAAAAUGUUUUUGUCGAUUUCGUCAAAGGCAUUGAGGAUAACGGGAAUAGGUGAUCGGAGAUAUUGGAACUAUAUUCCAACUGAAGAAUCCAGAUUCCAAACAGUGGCAUACCUUCAACAAAUUUGGUGGGUUGAAGUAUUAGGAGAGUUAGAUUUCGAAUUUCCACCGGGGAAUUAUAGCGUUUUUUUCAGAUUGCAAUUAGGCAAAGCUUCAAUUAAGAGAUUUGGGCGACGAGUUUGUAAUCUUGAUCAAGUUCAUGGCUGGGACAUAAAACCGGCUAGAUUCCAGUUAUCAACAUCCAACGGCCAGAAAUCCUUAUCAGAACGUUAUUUGCAUGAGCCCGGGAAUUGGCUCCAUUACCAUGUGGGUGAUUUUGUUGUCGAAAGCACCAUCAUGAUGAGCAUAAAGUUUUCAAUGGUCCAGAUUGAUUGUACACACACCAAAGGUGGUCUUUGCUUAGAUUCUGUGUUGAUUUACCCAAGCGAGUUUAGGAAAAAUUUGUUACAAGCAUAGUUUGAUCAUGUGAUAGAAAGUAUGUAUAGAGCAAUCAGUUUGAUAUAUCUUUUUGUGGGGUAUGAAUGAUUGGAUUUUGUUCAUUUAAAGCGAUUGAAGAAAUGUUCAUGUCCUUUUCUUUUUU